AUUAAAGAAGCUUCUGGAAGUUCGUAAAGUAAAUCGUAAAGCGGGUAGCACUUACUUAAUGUGUGGAAUCCUUUGUCAAAUCUAGUUGUAUCUUAACAAUCAUAUACUAAUAUUACAAUAUGGCGCAACUAGCUUUUGAUGAAUAUGGACGUCCAUUUAUUGUGCUAAAAGAUCAAGAGAAGCAAGAACGGUUGACGGGUUUAGAAGCGUUGAAAACUCAUAUUAUGGCUGCAAAAACUGUUGCAAAUACAUUAAGAACUUCUCUUGGACCAAAAGGAAUGGAUAAAAUUCUUGUUUCUCCUGAUAAUGAUAUUACAAUUACUAAUGAUGGUGCCACCAUAUUAGAAAGAAUGCAUGUCGAGCAUGAAAUUGCCAAACUUUUAGUUGAUCUUUCGAAAUCUCAAGAUGAUGAAAUAGGGGAUGGUACAACAGGUGUUGUUGUUCUUGCUGGUGCCCUAUUGGAGCAGGCUGAACAACUACUCGAUCGUGGAAUGCACCCCAUAAGAAUUGCAGAUGGUUAUGAGUUGGCUUCUCAGAUUGCAAUAUCCAAUUUAGAACAAAUAAGUGAAUCCUUUGAAAUUGAUCCCAAUAAUAAAGAGCAUCUUAUUCAAACUGCUAUGACAACACUGGGAUCAAAAAUAGUUAGCCGAUGCCAUAGGCACUUAGCAGAAAUAGCUGUUGAUGCUGUACUAUCUGUGGCUGAUCUUGAGAGAAAAGAUGUUGAUUUUGAACUUAUAAAGAUGCAAACUAAAGAAGGUGGACAAAUAGAUGAUACUAUGCUUGUUAAAGGAGUAAUUGUUGAUAAAGAUAUGAGUCACCCUCAAAUGCCAAAGGAAAUUAAAGAUGCCAAGAUUGCAAUUCUAACAUGUGCUUUUGAACCACCUAAACCUAAGACUAAGCAUAAAUUAGAUGUCUCCUCUGUUGAUGAGUAUCAAAAGUUACGACAAUAUGAGAAAGAUACAUUUGAGAAAAUGAUUAAGGAAGUAAAAGCUACUGGUGCUAAUUUAGCUAUAUGCCAAUGGGGUUUUGAUGAUGAGGCAAACCAUCUUUUAUUGCAAAAUGAGUUGCCUGCUGUAAGAUGGGUUGGUGGCCCUGAAAUUGAACUUAUUGCAAUUGCUACUGGUGGUCGUAUUGUACCUCGUUUUAGUGAACUUUUGCCUGAAAAGCUUGGAGUUGCUGGUCUUGUUCGAGAAUUAUCAUUUGGAACAACUAAAGAUCGAAUGUUGAUUAUUGAGGAGUGUAAAAAUACAAGAGCUGUUACUAUUUUUAUUAGAGGAGGAAAUAAAAUGAUAGUAGAAGAAGCAAAAAGAAGUAUUCAUGAUGCAUUAUGUGUCAUUCGCAAUCUUGUUAGAGACAACAGAAUUGUUUAUGGUGGAGGAGCUUCAGAAAUUUCUUGUGCUUUGGCUGUUAGUAAAGAAGCUGAUAAGGUAGCAUCAGUUGAACAGUAUGCAAUGCAUGCAUUUGCUGACGCUUUGGAGACCAUACCAAAUGCACUUGCUGAAAACUCAGGGAUGAAUCCAAUUAGAACUGUUUCAGUGAUUAAAGUCCGCCAAAUAGCAGAAAAUAAUCCGCGAUUAGGUGUCGAUUGUGUUCGGGCGGGUACAAAUGAUAUGAAAGUACAACAUGUUAUUGAAACAUUGCAUGGUAAAAAGCAACAAAUAUCUCUUGCUACACAACUUGUUCGUAUGAUUUUAAAGAUCGACGAUAUUCGCAAAACUAAUAGUGACAAAUAGCAAAUAUGAACGCUUUUUUAUCGUGUCUUUGCAUCUUCGACCAGUUAUUAGAUAUAUUGCAUUCUUAAUGACAGGUAGCCAAAGGUUUGUCAACUGUGUUAAUGAUCCACAUUCAGCUGACUAAUCACGUAGAUAGCUUGUUGUAACAGUUUUUUAAAGAAUAUCCUUAAUGAUCAAUCUGUUGUUUGUUUAUGGUGUCUUAAAAUAAUAAAUUAUACUUGUAAUA